CAUACAUGCAUCAAUAUCAUUAAACCUGAGAGUAGUUUACAUUAAACACAAACACACACAGAUGGAUAGUAAAUUAGUGAGAAAGCUGAGACCAUAUUUGGCUGCAAUAUUGUUGCAGUUUGGGUAUGCAGGUUUAGGUAUAAUAGCAAAGUCAGCUCUGGACAAGGGAAUGAGUCAUUACACCUUUGCAGUCUACAGAAAUAUCGCUGCUGCUGUUGUUGUAGCACCUUUUGCCUUUGCCUUCGAGAGGAAAAUCAGGCCAAGAAUGACGCUCUCCAUUUUCGUCAAAAUAUUCCUUCUUGCUCUAUUGGAGCCAGUGAUAGAUCAAAACUUGUACUACAUUGGGCUGAAAAUCACAACAGCUACAUUUGCAGCGGCUAUGUGCAACACUGUUCCAGCCCUCACCUUUCUAUUAGCAUGGCUCAUGAGGCUCGAAAGCGUGAACGUGAGAAGACUGCACAGCCAGGCAAAGAUUAUGGGAACUAUAGUAACUGUAGGUGGAGCAAUGAUAAUGACUAUUGUAAAAGGCUCAAUUAUAGAAUUGCCAUGGACCAAAGGAAACUCCAAUUCCACAUCUAUUGCUCAAGAAAAUGAUCCCCAACAGUUUAUCAAAGGAGCUAUGAUGAUCGGAGCUGCUUGUCUCUGUUGGUCCUUUUUUUACAUUUUACAGGCGAUCACAUUGAAGUCGUACCCGGCUGGACUUUCCCUCACCGGCCUGAUAUGCAUGCUCGGAGCGUUGCAAGGGGCAGUGCUCACUCUCGUGGCCACAAGAGGCAAUGCUCAGAUCUGGUCUAUUGGAUGGGACACCACCCUUCUAGCUUCUGUUUACUCUGGGCUGAUCUGUUCUGGAGUUGGCUACUAUGUAUCAGGAGUGAUCAUGAAGGAGAAAGGCCCUGUUUUUGUUACUUCAUUCAAUCCUCUAAACAUGGUGAUUGUUGCAGUCAUGAGUUCUUUCAUCCUCGCAGAGCAGCUCAACGUUGGGAAGGUAGCAGGAGCCACGGUGAUUGUAAUUGGGCUGUAUCUCGUUAUAUGGGGGAAGACACGAGAUCAGAGCAUAUCGACGUAUCCUCAGUCGGAGCUUAACCACCAAUCUCUCGAGAAUCAGACCUCCAACACGAUUGUCACCAAGGCAAUCUCUGGCGACAAUGUUGUUUAAGAGGAACAAGUUUUGUAAUAAAAUAUAUAUAUACUAUAUAUGUAGAUUAAGAAAAUAAAUACACCAGGCUUAAUCAAACAUUUAUGCAGAACGUAACAGCCAGAUUUUCCAGCAA